AUGCCCAUCCAUUUUCUGUCAUUUUUCAAAGCACCAAACUCGGUGAUUAAGGAAAUUGUGGCCAUCCAACGUGAUUUCUUGUGGAGAGGUGUCAAGGAUGGCUCAAAGAUUCCUUGGGUAAAAUGGGAAACGGUGUGUAAGUCAAAGGAUGAGGGUGGACUAGGAAUCAAGGAUGUCAAAUUGUUCAAUUGGGCACUACUGGGGAAAUGGGUGUGGAGGUGUAUGUUAUCUCCAGGUAUGAUGUGGGCUAAAGUUCUUCAUGGUAGGUAUGGGCGCAUUAAGUCUUUUUCUAAGUGCUCAAAUGUGGAUAGGAGAGCUUCUUGGUGGUGGAAGGAUAUAGUGUGGGUGCUACAACAAGGAAAUUUUUGGUUGAAUGAAAAGAUUGAACGUUGUAUUGGAGAUGGCACUACGACCCAAUUUUGGGAGGAUAAGUGGAUAGGUGGUUUGCGCUUGUUGGAUGUCUUUCCUCGUUUGUACUCCUUUGCCUUUGAUCCGUUGUCAAUGGUGGGGCAUAAUGGAACUUGGGAGGGAUCUAGGUGGGUGUGA